CAGGAGAGGGAUGUCGUGCGCCCGCCCUUACAAAUAGUUCAAUGCACCUAACCAUUAAAAUUAAAUAGCGUCACUGUUGUUUUGUUUAGUGUAUCUGUGAUUGAACACAAAUAAUCUGUAGAACGGAUGACGUAAUUCAGAUAAUGUGGUCAUCCGUGGAGAGUGGUGUGGAAGCAUCUCGUGCUGCCCCGUGCGCUCGUGGCAAGCACUCCGCCACGCUCCUGGGGGGGUACGUAUACGUGCUUGGCGGCAGGGGCGCGGGGGGAGCUGUGCCUUUACGGGAUUUCUGGAGAUACUGCCUGGCUACAGGGCGAUGGGAGAGGCUAGAAGCGAGGGGGGAGCCACCCCCCGCGCUACAGGAGCAUACCGCGACGGCCCAUGAGGGUCGCCUGUAUGUAUUUGGUGGAGAAGCUGGUGCCCUGUCCAAUGAGACCCCACUAUGGAUCUACGACACGGAGCUGCAAUUGUGGCGGAAGUUAGCUGGUCAAACCAGCAGUAACUACUCCACGCUGCGCCGGCGCAGCGCUCGCGAGGCGCGCAACGGGACCGGCCCGAAGGGUCGCCGAGGGCAUUCUGCACAUGCUCUGAAAGAUUGUCUCCUUAUAUAUGGAGGGUAUAAGGAUUUGAGGGGGUCUACUAACGAGCUCUGGGCCUUUCAUUAUGAAUCGGAGUGGUGGCAGCAGGUGCGCACGAGCGGCGCGGGCCCGGCGCGGCACCGGCACGCGGGCGCGCUGCACGACGCGCGCCUCUACGUGCACGGCGGCCAGUGCGACCUGCGCGACUGCGCCGACCUGUGGCACUACGACACCAUAUCGCGCGUGUGGACGCAGGUGCGCACGCCCGCCAAGUGCUCGCCGAGCGCGCGCAGCGGCCACGCGGGGCUGCGCGCGGGCGGACACCUCUACAUCUUCGGGGGGGAGGCCGCCGGACACCCCACCAACGAGCUGUGGCGGUUCCACUUCGCGACGGAAACUUGGGAGCGCAUUAUACACACACUGAAAUGGCCGUCCGCCCGCGUGGACUGCCGCGCGCUGCUGGUGAGCGCCCCCUGCGGCCGGCGCGCCCCCGCCUCCGCCCCCGCGCCCUCCUUCUCCUCUCCCGCCCCCGCUCCCCCGCCGCCCCGCGCCGAGCCGCCCGCCGGCUUCUUGCGCGAGAUCUCGAAGCUCUCCUCCUUCCACAUCCGCCGCGCCGCCCGCUGCUCCUACAGCGUGCUCGGCGACCAGGACUCCACCGAAAGCCUCAUCAGGGAAUCCGCUUCCCUCUCCAAGUCCCGCUCCGCUUACAUCAUCGACGAGCGCCAGCCGGCCGACGGCGGCGAGAGCCCCAAAGAAGGAACCGUCCCAGAACAGUGCGUCGUGUCCAGAGAACCGAUAUCCGUUCCGGAUUUUGCGGACAUGGUCCUGCCGACACCGGUUCUGUCCCCCAUCGAGGCGACGAAGCUAGUCUACCUAGAUUCGGAGGAAGAGGAAGACUUGAAGCUAAAGAGAAUAGAGAAAACGACCGUCCUGCCGAAAUCAGCAUCCGUCAAAUUCACCAAAAUCCCUGUGACCGAUAAAAAUGAUGAUGAAGGGGAGUUGUCGACGUCCGAUUACGCGAGCGCUGAGAAGGUCAACCGUCCGAACAGAGCGUCUUUGGGUUUCAGCAACCCACAUUAUUUAGGGCCGGACAUUAGAAAUCUAGGGUCAGCCAUGACGCCUGACUCUGGUGUUGGAGGGGGGGACAUCGAGUUACAGGAUAUGAGUGAAAGGCGGUCUAGAAGUGAACCCAGGAAUGGGGAAACCCAGCUGUAUUUGCUUCUGGUGGGGGGGAAGGAGCCGCCGCACCGGGCUCUGUUGCAGAGUCCCCUCUCCAUGUGGACCUAUCGGCUGCUAUGAAUGUAGUAUUAUUUAGUAUUUUACUAUAUAUUUUGAAUUAAACACUCGGAUGUUUCAAAGUAUGACAAAGGAAAAGUUAUAUUACAAAUUUUCCGGUAGCCACUGGUCAUUUUGAUCUUUUAGAUAUUUUAUAUCUAAAGUGUUUAAUAUCAAAAUGUAUAUCUAUUUAACUCACAAAAUGCUCAUGAAACAGUAUUUUUGCAGAUCUUAUGAAUGCAUUGUGUGUUAUUUUCUAGCAAACAGUGAUUGAUUAAUUAUGGA